GCCAGACUGCUUGCUGACAGCUGAUUUUACAAUAGUAUUUCGUUAUCAAACGCAAAAGCGAACAGGAUGUCGAAAUUAUUGUCGCAAACGGCUCUAAAUACACUUAGAGCCAGGUGCCUUGGUUCGCUUCAGCUAGCGCGCAACUUUGGGGGUAUUGUCGCCACACGUAACAAUCCAGAACCGGCGCCGCUAAAACCAGGAUAUCAAAAUGGCCAAGGGCGAGGGCUCCUGCAGAUGCAGAUGCCGCUGGCGGCCAGAAGGAGCAUGUUCAUUCAGACGCAGGACACCCCGAAUCCGGACAGCCUAAAGUUCCUGCCCGGCGUGGAGGUUUUGGGAAAGGGCAACACCUACGACUUUCCCAACGGAACCACCGCGCACAUCAGUCCGUUGGCCAAAUUGCUCUUCCGCGUGGAGGGCGUGCGAGGCGUGUUCUUCGGCUCCGACUUCGUCACCAUCUCGAAGCAAGAGGGCGCCGAGUGGAGCCUGAUCAAGCCGGAGGUGUUCGCCGUCAUCAUGGACUUCUUCGCCAGCGGCUUGCCCGUCUUGCACGACGCCCAGCCGAACGCGGACACCGAGAUCCUUGAGGACGACGACGAUACGGUGAUGAUGAUAAAAGAGCUGCUGGACACCCGCAUCCGGCCCACCGUCCAGGAGGACGGCGGCGACAUAGUCUUCAUGGGCUACGAGGGCGGCGUUGUCAAGCUGAAGAUGCAGGGCUCCUGCUCCUCGUGCCCCAGCUCCAUCGUGACGCUGAAGAACGGCGUGCAGAACAUGCUGCAGUUCUACAUCCCGGAGGUGGAGUCCGUGGAGCAGGUCUUCGACGAUGCGGACCGGAUGAUCGACAGCGAGUUCGAGCGCUUCGAGAAGAACCUCAAGACGCUCAAGCAGCAGGAGCCGGCGGGCGGCGGUCCCAACUAGUGGGACCCACAGUGUUAUUCUAUCCUGUUUGCGUUGCUUAUUCUCUAGUGAAUCCGAUAGUUCUAUACCAAACGUACUUGUAGUUGAGUGUUUAAAUAAAUAUACGGCUUUAAGCACA